AUGGCCACCCCCAGUGUUCUCACCUUUGACGCUGAGGGUCGGGCUGUUGACUUUGAGGUCUGGGUAGAUGAUUUGCAGCUUUUCCUCCAGUGCGAUAGGGCAGACGGUCUCUCCCUCUUUGACCUCACUUCUGGUGCCUCUCCUGCCCCUGCUGCUGAUGCUGACGCAAAUGUUCGCUCACAGUGGGCCACGCGCAAUGCUGCUGCCCGCCUUGCUGUGCGCCGCCACUUACCGACCGCUGAGCGCGCGCAUUCUAGUCAGUACAAGAGUGCUCAGACCUUGUACGACGCUGUAGUUGCACGCUACUCUUCCCCUGCCACUGCUGCUCAUAGCCGCCUCAUACUGCCGUUCCUCUUCCCUGACCUCGCCGCUUUUCCCACAGUCGCUGACCUCAUUACACACCUUCGCACUAGUGACAUUCGCUACCGCGCUGCGCGUCCUGCUGAGUUCUGCGCCAAGAACCCCCCUCCUAUGUACAUCACCCUCUACUACAUAGUCACCCGGCUCCCUGACACCCUUCGCUCGGUCAGGGACCACUUCCUCUCUGUUUUCCCCACCACUCUCACCGUUGACCUCCUCGAGGAGCGCCUCCUAGCAGCAGAGAAGAGUAUAGUCGCUGUAGGAGCCUCUGGUGGUGACCCUCGUACCCCUAUCUUUGAGGGGUGCUCCCUCUCCCCCCUCUUGCCCUCUGUUGCCUCUGCUGCUGCGGCCGACCUCGUUGGUCUUGAGUCGGUCGGCGCGGCGUCUGCCCCUAGCAAGAGACGCCGCUCAGGCAAGGGCAAGGGGGGCAAGGGCGCUGGAGGAGCUGGAGGGGGCGGUGGAGGCGGCGGUGGAGGCGGCGGAGGGGGUGGGGGUGGCGAUGGGAGUGGUGGCGGUGGUGGGGGCGCUAGUGGCGGCAGUGGAGGCGGAGGAGGCGGCGGUGGUGGCGGUGCGGGCGGAGGUGGCGGAGGUGGAGGCGGUGGUGGAGGUAGCGGCGGCGGAGGUGGAGCUGGUCGGGGCGGCGCUACGCAGAGGGUCGGCUCCGGUGGUGGUCAGCGCCAGCAGCAGCAGCAGCGCACUCGUGAGACCCCUUCCCCCCAGCAGCUUCGUGAGUGGUACACUGCUCGUCAGCGGGGUGGGGGUGCUGGCACCUGUACCUACGUUCUACGUACCGGCGAGCGCGCGGGUGAGCAGUGUGGGGGUCCGCACUCCACCCAGCGCUGCUUCGGCCGCGUGAUGGACGCUUGGCGUCAUCAGUUCCCUAACGCUACUGAGAUCCCUCGCUGGGGCGAGCUGUUUAGGGCGAGUGUUCCGAUAUUUGAUCUUAAAUAUGAUGCUAUUCUUGCUGCCAUACCGCACCACGCUUACGCUGCUUAG